AUGGCGCUGUGGCAUUUGAGAAUGAUUUUGAUAUUUUGUUUGGGAGGAAGUGUAAUUGAAUGCACCGAUUUUCACUCUAUAACUGUCAAGGAUCUAGAAGGAAAUGUCGUUCCAAUGAGUGUCUUCAAAGGAAAGGUUUGCUUCUUUUUCUUGUUCGUGACUUCAUUCAUUGCGUUGCGUGACAGAUGAAUAAGCUUAUUGUGCAUUUCAACAAAUAUUUUUAAACAAAGGGCAAUGUAACAAAAAAAUGAAACCAAAGGCAGUUUUCUUACCUUAACAUGUACCAUAUAAUCGAACUGUGAACAGGGAUGGAAUUGCAUAUCAUUACACAUUCUAAAACAUGUACGACGAGUCGCCCGCGAGUCUGCUCUUAGCGCCAAUGCCUCACAUUUCACUGCUGCCACGUUGUAAUCAAAACUAUGUACUCGGUUUUUCCUCCUAGCGGCUAACUUUGAUUAAAUCCUGAUGGCAUCGCGCUGCUGGGUUUUCAGUUUGAAAUAAUAAACUUUUAUAAUGGCCAUAUCUUGGUAAAAUAUGAAAAAAAAUCCGGUAAACAAAGGUUGACUGUGUUCAUCAUGAAUAAUUCAUGGUUCAACACCCCUCCCCGCCCCCCACCCCCCAGACAUACCCCCCAAGAUUUGCAAUUUUUUUUCUUACUUGGCAGUCUAUUCCCUACCCCCAGGGUCCUCACCAGACCACCUCAAACAAUACCCCCUAGGCCAAAGGAGGCUGGACUUGUCCCGAGGGUUGGCUGAAGGGGUGGGGGAUGGUAGCAGGUCAACUUGAAUAAUGCAUCAUGCAUUUGGUUGUAAGUCCAAGGCAAUAAAAGAUGUAAUGAAUAUUAUCAGCCCAUGAUGAGAAGCAAUAUUGUAAUUUUCCACCCAUUUUUCAAGGUCACCUCUUUGUGUUUGAUUCUCCGUAACUUUGAUAGUAGUGCACAUACGGAAAAGCCACAGUGAAACAACAUUUCUAAUAUUGAACUUGAUUUUAGAGUAUGUUUCGUUGACAUUGCCACUUUCAUAGCAACAGAAUAACAAUUACAUGAAAUCUACUAAGUGGGAAUUUUCUCAAAUUCUAGCAGUAAUCUUUUAAAACCCUGUAGUGUGCUAAUAGUUUAGAUCGGACUGUUGUCUCGAUAUUGGCAAGAUUUGAAAAAAAUCUAUGAGAGCGUUUUCCACUCCAAAAAAUAACAAGGUUGCCUCCCUCUCCUUUAUAUGAAAAAAUAUUGUCCCAAAAACUGUUGCCUGUCAUCCAGAAAGUUUACAUUCUUGUUAUUUCAUACUGUCAGGUCCUGUUGAUUGUGAAUGUUGCAAGUGAGUGUGGCUACACAGACCAGCAUUACAAGGAGCUUGUGGAACUCCAAUCAAAACUUUAUGAUCAAGACUUCAGUGUUGUGGCAUUUCCUUGUAACCAGUUUGGAAAUCAGGAGCCUUUGAGAAACAGUGGCAUUGCCCGAUUUGUUAAAAACAAGUACAAUGUGAAUUUUCCUGUCUUGGCAAAGAUUAAAGUAACUGGUAAAGAGGCCCAUCCUUUGUACAGGUAUCUUUAUAGCAGUGCGAGAGUAGCGCCUCCGUGGAACUUUGGCAAGUAUCUUGUCAGCAGAGCUGGACGGGUAAUUCAGUUUUGGAACCAGCGAACAUCUCCAAUGAGCCUUUAUGAAUUUAUUAAGAAUCAUAUCAACAUGGCCAUUGCUGAUAAUUAUGAGGUCUACAGCAUUUAUAAGGACCUUUAA